AUGUUUUAUCUGCUACUCACAAGGAAAAUUAUUUAUUUGGACCCAGGAGUAUAUAGUAUUGAACUGAAUGGAGCUGCUGGUGGUAUAGGCUGCGCAGGCGGUGAAAUGAAAUCAGAUGGAGGAAACGGUGCAACUAUCAAAGCUAAUUUUAACUUUCCUUCAAGAACAAAAGUAAUUUUUGAUGUUGGAACUAAGCCAAAUACGAAUUGUCGGAAAAAAAAUAACGGAGGACUUCCCUAUGGUGGAAAUGGUGGUAAAGAUCUUGGCUUUAUUGGGAAUGGAAAUGAUAAUCCGGGUGGUGGUGGUGGCCUAACAGGUAUGUCAUUUGAUGGAAGUUCAUAUGUUAUGAUUGCUGGUGCUGGAUCUGGAGGUGCUUAUACAGUUAACGGCUCACCUGCAGGUGGAUGUUUUACUUAUGACUAUAUGCAAAGGAGUCGAUGCAAUGAAUAUUAUUAUAAAGUAGUUGAUAAUUUUGGAUCAUUGGAAAAAAAGACUGAUAAUUCUUACAGAACAAGUAGUCAUUAUGGAGGUAACGGCUCAGAAACAAGCAGAAUUCCAGGAGCUGGAGGUGGUGCUGGAUGGUUUGGUGGAAUUGCAGGGAAAAUUGCAACUAAUCCUUAUUACCCUGCAUGUGGAAUUGGUGGAUUGAGUGGCUACGACUACAAGAAUGAAUAUUUCAAAGAACUAGUAAGCUUUACUGAUGGAAAAUCAUCUGGAAAUGAUGGUGACGGUUCAUACAAAUAUUUACUCUUAUUUACUUGUCCUUCCGGAUGUUAUGACUGCUCAAGUAGCACAUCAUGCACUAGAUGUAAAUCAGGAAAAGUGAAAUAUGCUGAUAAAUGUUAUAAUUUUUGCUCAGAAGCAGCUGAUAAUUUAUAUCAAUCGGGAUCAAUUUGCUAUAAAUGCGAUAAAAGUUGUAAAACUUGUGAUAAAAAGUACAAUAAUUGUACUAGUUGCUUUAAAGGAAUGAUAGUUAAGAACGGAGGAUGCAUUUCAAUGAAAACAUAUAUCCCAAAUUAUGGUACUAGUCAAAGAUUAAGGCUCCUUGAAAUGGCUUCAAUUUAUAUAGCAAAUAUAUGA